GGAUUUUAUAAAAUAUGAAGAUGUUGCGUAAAAUAAAAUUUCCCGUAGAAAUUCCCUUAUUGUGUUGCAUAUACAGCCAGAUUCUUCUGGAUACCGUAUCAUCAAAUUUUUACAUCUACAGAACAUGCUAUGUUACACUUGGUUAUAAUAAAUCCGAUUGUUCUCAAUUAGGAAGAGAAACAAACAACAUGACCAAAAAUUUGGAAACGUUAGUACAACCUACUGCAAAUCAAAUUAGGAUGGUAUUUAAUUUAGGUCAAAUGUUUAUUCCCUUGAUUAUGAACUUGUUUAUUGGAUCUUGGUCAGAUAAUUAUGGAAGGAAGCCGUUUUUAAUAAUUAGUUUAACAGGUUUAACUUUAAGCUCUGCUCUUACCACAAUAUUGUCCCACUUUGAAAGUUUAUCGCCUUGGAUAUUUCUUGCCACGACAAUACCAUCAAUGUUUGCUGGUGGAUUCAGUGCUGCGUUUAUAAUUAUCAAUUUGUAUAUAGCAGAUAUUACCACAUCGGAAAACCGUGUUUUCAGGUAUGGUAUUUACGAAGCAGUAAUGGCUUUUUCUUCUCUCAUUGGAAAUCUCAGUGCAUCAUAUUUACUUUACGCCACUAGUUAUGAAGCUGUAUUUUCUGUAGGCACGUGCUUAAUAGCCAUAAGUGUUUUUUAUACAAUAUUUUUAUUACCAGAAUCUCUAGAUGUGGAACGAAAAGUUCCAAAAAUAAAGGAUCUAAUCAAAAUGAUGAACAUCAUUGAAACUUUCACGAUUACCUUCAAAAAAAGAGAAUCUAACAAAAGAAAAUCUCUAAUUAUUAUCCUUAUACUUAUUAUAGGUUUUAAUUUUGUUUUUUAUGGAGACAUGGCUGUAAAAACUUUAUUUUUGCGAGAAAAAAUUCAUUGGACAUUAACAGAAAUAACAUAUGGUAAUAGUUUCGCCAGCGUUAUCUACAUUUGCGGUACGAUGUUUGGAACAACAAUAUUGUACAAAAAACUUAACGAAACGCAUUUAUGUAUGUUAGCUAUUUUUUCUAUGGGACUCUCCAGUUUACUUAAGGGUUUGGCCCAAAAUGGAUAUUAUAUAUAUGCAGCUUUCGCCAUUGAAGGAUUUGUUGGUUUAGGUACUUCAAUGUUACGAACUAUGUUAACAUAUAUUUUACCCCCUAAUGAAUUGGGAAAAGUCUACAUGACUUCUAGCGCUUUAGACGAUCUCUUUUCUUUAGUGGCUUCUUCUGGCCUAUAUCCGGCUAUCUAUGGAGAUACUCUUACGACAUAUACAGGAAGCUUUUUCUUUCUAGAUGUAGCAGUUAAUUCUGGGAUGGCAAUACUGUUAAUGUAUCUUAUGAGGCAACCUAUACCCAGAAAUAAAGUAUCAGAAAAAGAAAAUCUAGACAAAGUCAAUCAAAUUGAGUCUGAAGUAAUUUUUAAAAAUAAAGAUAUCGAAAAAUUUUAGCGAA